AUGUCUUCGUCAACUACCACCUUGAUUGGCAUCGCCGGUCGACAGAUUGAGUUACCAACCGGUCUCUUUAUCAACAACGAGUUUGUCCCAUCAACCAGCGGUAAUACUCUUGAGACGCUGAACCCUUCAAAUGGCAAACUGCUCGCUACAGUGUCAGCUGCAGAGGAAGACGACAUUAAUAUCGCGGUACGUGCAGCAGAGGCAGCCUACAAGGGCAGCUGGGGAUCGUUGCCAGGGACUGCUCGACGGACGCUUCUCUUGAAGUUGGCAGACUUGAUUGAGCGAGAUGCGGACGAUUUUGCCACGAUCGAAGCCUUAGAUGCCGGCAUUUUAUUUGGGGACUCGAAGAAUAUCAAUAUCGCCAGUGCUGUCGAGGCACUUCGAUAUUUUGCUGGCUGGGCAGACAAGAUCGAUGGAAGGUCAACACAAAUUCCAAACGGAAUGGCCUACACUCGCCGGGAACCCAUUGGCGUGUGUGGGGUUAUCGUCCCGUGGAAUGCUCCUCUGAUGAUCACUUCCUGGAAAUUGGCCCCAUGCCUUGCUGUUGGUAAUGUCAUAGUUCUCAAGACAGCGGAGCUUACACCAUUGUACGGUCUCAAGCUUGCGCAGUUAGUCAAAGAAGCAGGAUUUCCACCAGGUGUCAUAAACAUCCUCACUGGAUAUGGUGCUAAAGCUGGUCAGGCCCUUGCAGAGCAUAUGGAUGUGCGUAAGCUUGCCUUUACAGGGAGUGGCCCCGUAGGCCGUGGUAUAUUGAUUGCUUCGGCCAAAUCCAAUUUGAAGAAGGUAACUUUGGAGCUGGGUGGUAAGGGAGCCUCCAUUAUUUUCGAUGAUGCUGACCUCCAAAAUGCCGUUCUUUGGGCUAUCAUUGGAAUCACGACACACAAUGGACAGCUUUGUGCAGCUGGGUCUCGGCUUUAUAUACAAGAAGGAAUCUAUGACAGAUUCGUGGAGGCCUUCCGCAAAAGUUCAAUUGCGGCAGUUGCAGGCGACCCAUUACAUGGUCAGACUACGAAAGGUCCCUUGAUAAGCAGUACACAGAAGAACACCGUUCUGAAAUACAUCCAGAACGGGCUCAGCGAAGGCGCUAAACUGCUUCAUGGAGGCAAAGAGAUAGCAUUGGAAGGACAUUACAUUGAGAACACGGCGUUUGUGGAGGCAGUAGAAAACAUGUCUAUCAUGAAAGAGGAGAUAUUCGGUCCCGUUGCUUCACUUGUCAAGUUCAAAACCGAAGAAGAAGCCAUACGCCGCGCCAAUGAUAGCGUGUAUGGUCUGAGCAGUGCCAUAUUCACAUCGGACAUUUCUCGAGCCCAGCGGGUAAGCAACAGUUUGGAAAGUGGCCAGGUCACGAUCAACUCAUGGGGAAACAUCAAUUCCAAUACUCCAUUCGGAGGCGUAAAGCAAAGUGGUUUUGGUAGAGAUUUAGGCGAAGAGUCACUAGAUGGUUGGACAAAUUUGAAGAGUGUCAAGAUUAGUGUUUUGGCAGAAUAA